UAAGAAACUUAAUAUACAAACCGGGAAUAAUUGCGGCUGCUGUGCAUAUUAUGCUACUAAGAAAUGGUUUAUCCUUAAAAUUAGAGCAGCAACAACUACAACACCUUUGAAUACAUGCAAAAAAAUGUUUCAAAAUACACCAGCAA